AUGUUUUUUUCAUUGUUUUUCAGUACAAAGUCUCAGGACGGAGUUCAUUUCAACAAGGAAGGUGGAUUAACAUUUCCGAAGCCUAAAUUUGUUCCUGAGUAUUCAAACACUAAUCGCCAAGUUCUAGAUGAGGAAUGGAAAAACAUCAGAAUCAAACUUAACAUGAGCUACGUCACUGGAGAACUUCGAGAUCCAAAUGCAUGCUAUGAAGAAGGACAAAUUCUCAAAUUUUAUAAUAAAAAUAUUACAUGUGAAAAAGAUAUGAUACUUUCUAAUACAAAUUUAACGAGUUUUACAAUAACACUUAAUAAUUUCAAGAAUUUUGAAGAAAAGUUCCUGAAAGUACUUCCUUCGCCGAACAAAGACUAUGAUUUGGAGCUAAUUAUCAAAAUUAUUAGAUAUCCUUAUAUUGAAAGUUUUCUUCGAGUAAAUCCAGAUACUUAUAAUGAGUAUCAAAGAACUACUAAAGCCACAAUGAAUUUCAAUCACCUUGGACUUCCAUCUCAGCCAUCAAUGUGGGAAACAGAAUCAGGAGAAUAUAUGGGCAAUAUAAUGCGUGAAUUCAAUAAAAUAUUGGAUGCAAUUCACGGAAGAUAUCAUCCAAAGAAUUCAACAAAACCAUAUAAAGACAAUGAAACAUAUUGCUCAUUAAUCAAAUAUGGCAGACAGUUCAAUUUCCUGAUAGCACCUUACUCACAUUUAUUUGCACAAAAACAUUAUGGAGUUGAUGUAUUUGAAGGCGAUAAUUCAACAUGUCCAUCAGGAAUAGAAAUUGAAUAUGAUGGUACUCGCGGAACAUAUAAUAACUAUAUUCGUGGAAGAUUGUUUUACACAGAGUUGAGCAUUCAACUUUAUCUUCGUGCAAGCGGAAAUUAUAUUGAACGACUGACGGAUGCAACAAUGGCUAUUAUUCAAGAUACAGAAAAUUAUUUAUGCAACUGGUCAAUGGCACAACCAUUAGUUUGGGGAAAUCCAGAAACGCAAAUUGGUGGAAAACCAAUCAAAGACUUAGCACUGGGUCCUCCACAACUUGUCUUUCCAAAACAAUAUUUCUAUUAUUCCGAUACAACUGCAAUUACUUUAGAUAAAGAUUCUCCCCAAUAUGUUGGUUUUGAUUUUAAACAUGGAGGAUACACAAUCUCAUCUAAUGCACCAUCAUCAUGCACAGGUUAUUGGGAAGACUAUUGCAAAAGAAUUUUACAACCCAUUAAACCGUUCAUUUAUAAGCUCAUGGUAUACUUAUGA